AGCUACUUGACUCUCUGUUUCCCAAAUUAUUUACACCCUGCUAAGAGGUUUCGCACUUCUGUGAAUCUGUUUUCUUUCAUGGCUUAAAAUCUCGCGGACGGAAUAAAUAACGAAACUAAUAAUAAAUAAUUCUUAGCCUACGUCUACCACCUAAUCCUUCUAUCUUUAUUCCGGGGCCACUCCUUUGCUUGGAAUCAAAAACAGACUACUAAAUUCGGGAUGAUUCCUUCACAAAGCGCCCUUGCCCUCCCGGAAGAGCUCGCGAGUCCAGAUCCCGAAGGAUCAACGGAGGGACCACUCCGAGUGUGCGUUUCGCGUGUGUGCUACCACGUGCGUACACACGUGGAGCAGUGAUACCGGCGAGAGGUGUAAGAGUGAAGAGAAGCGGAUUCGUCUCGCGUGGAAGCGCGAGCGAGAUGGUGAACGAAAGCAAGCGGGUGGCGGGAAUGGGAAGGCUGUCGCGGCUCGAAGCCCUACGCGCUUCGAAAGAGAGCUCAGUGCUACGAUGGUCAGCAAGCGGGUAAGUCGCAGCGUAACGGGGCUUACAUCGUUUCUGCCGCGCUCGGUCCAUCCAUCGGCUCGCGCGGAAGAGGAGACGGCCGACGGUCGGUGCGACGACGAUAGGAGAGGAAAGCGCGUGUCUCGCUUAAUCGCGCCUAAUUAAGACGAUUCGCCGUCCACCGGGGCCCGCGCGCAUGCACUGUCAUUGACCGUCUGCUCGCGCUCGUAAAUCAUCGUGCCCGACUGGCUUCUCCCUAUCGGACGGCCCAUGAUCCUCGGUUAAAUUGUGUCACAGUUGAUACACAAAUUUAUUUUCGCCGACUUAGAAUUUGCUUAGGAACGUGUGUCGCGUCCAGUGGACGUAGAUAUCGCGCACUGACCUUCCUUGUUCGUGGCGCGUUCAGAGAUCUUCGAGUGGAUCGGACAAGUUUGUGAAGUGACACAAAAUGUAAGAAUUUUGAGAAAAAGAUCGUGUCGAUUCGAAGUUCGGUGGAAGAGGGUGUACGUCGACGGACUGAGAGGACCAAAAGGAGAGUAGCACGUGCUCGCUGUGUAUCCCGGCGUGAGAACCACGUGCUCGGCAUCACCGGGAACAGUUUCGAUCGUAACGACAGUGCCCGACGAGGGCGAAAACAGCUUUAAAAUGCCCAGGGCUUCUGUGGUACACAUGACUUCGACGGCGACCAGACCGCAGCACAUGUCUCAGGUGCUUGCCACCCUAGCACUGUCGAUGGGAACACUAUCUUCGGGCCUGGCAAAGGGUUACACUUCGCCAGCCCUAGACUCCAUUCUCGACAACCAACCACCUCAUCUUUACCAGACUUCAAACAACGACACCUGGUCGGCUUUCUCGGUGACGCAACAAGAAGCCUCGUGGGUAGCUUCAUUGUCGAUGCUGGGCGCAUGGUUCGGCGCUAUGAUCGGCAAUUGGAUAAUGAGAAGGGGUCGAAGAUUGGCGUUACGUGUCACGUCUUUACCCCUGGCUGCCGUUUGGGUCCUCACGGGCAUCGCACCCUGCGUCGAAUUGGUCUAUGUCACCAGUUUCAUCGGUGGCCUAUGUUGUUCGGUCAUCACGAUGGUCGCCCAGGUAUACAUAUCGGAAAUCUCGAUGCCUGGUAUCAGAGGUUGCUUGUCAGCGAUGCUGAAGGUGCUCGGUCACGUCGGCGUGUUAUUGUCGUACAUAGCGGGCACGUAUCUGAACUGGCGGCAAAGCGCGUUGCUGGUAGCCAUAGCUCCGGCGAUGCUCUUUUUGGGUACUCUCUUCAUACCCGAGACGCCAUCGUAUCUCGUGCUGAAUGGCAAAGACGACGAGGCUGCCAGCAGUCUGCAGUGGCUGCGCGGCGAUCACGUCGACAUUCGUCACGAGCUUCAGGUGAUCAAAACGAACAUUCUCGCCUCGCGAGCGAAACAGUACGAGCUCACGUUCAAGAAUAGCAUGUUCACGCCUCGGCUGUACAAACCGAUCGCCAUCACGUGCGGUCUGAUGUUCUUCCAACGGUUUUCCGGGGCGAACGCGUUCACUUAUUACGCGGUCAUUAUAUUCCGCCAGACCCUGGGUGGCAUGAAUCCUCACGGCGCGAACAUUGCGAUUGGCUUCGUGCAAUUAUUGGCUUCGCUGUUAUCAGGAUUCUUGAUCGACAUCGUAGGGAGGCUACCACUUCUGAUAGCGAGCACCGUGUUCAUGUCGCUGGCGUUGGCCGGUUUCGGCAGCUACGCUUAUUACAUGUCGCAGACGCAGAAUCUGGGCUACCCGGACUCGCCCGUGGUCGGACAACACGACUGGAUCCCGUUGCUCUGCGUGCUCGUCUUCACGACCGCUCUGUCGCUGGGCAUAUCGCCAAUUUCGUGGUUAUUGAUUGGCGAGCUCUUCCCCCUGGAGUAUCGCGGCCUCGGCUCGAGCAUCAGCACGAGCUUCAGCUACUUCUGCGCGUUCGUCGGCAUCAAGCUCUUCAUGGAUUUUCAGCAGACGCUGGGGCUGCACGGAGCCUUCUGGUUCUACGCGGCGGUGGCAGUAUGCGGAUUGUGUUUCGUGGUAUGCUGCGUGCCGGAGACCAAGGGUAAACAGCUAGACGAGAUGAACCCAGAGUACGCGCAAGCCCGGUAGUAUAAGGCCUCGCUGACAGGGGGGCUGUCAAAUUUAGAGAAGUCUAAUAAACCUCUGCCGAGCGGAGCCUACCCGAAUCCGCACGAUCCGCGAGAUCUGUACACCGGGAAUCCGUCGUCCGAAGUCCCGACGACCUCGCGGCAAAGCUACCCCGGUUACAGGAGUUACAAUCACCGUAAACUGUCCGAUUAUUGCAACAUAUUCGCCGAGAAGACGAACAGAAUCGGCAAGAACGUCGAG